AUGGAAAAGAAAAUAGCCCGAGAAAACCUAUUUCUUCUAGAAUUUUUGGUAGAUCACGUAACUCUAUCUCCCUUCUGCGAUUGCGCAGCACCUGGUGGAGAGAAAUGCGUUGAGUUUCAGGUUUUGGAUAACGAACCCUUAUACAUAUGCGAGUCGGAUUUUCUUACCCAAGGAAAGAAGAGUUCAAAAUCAUCCAAAAGUUCAAACAAUAAAAAACCAAAGGGCUGUUAUUUCUCCAUAAACGGCCAUCGAGCAGAAUACUCUUUAGAAAGGUUUGACAUCUACGUGACGGUCUACAAAAGAAUGGUACUUGGAUGGAAACCUCAACGAGCAGAAGUUGGUAUGGCUGUUAUUUCCAUUUCGAAAAUAUUUUGUGAUCUAAUUUGUGAUAUGGCAAGUAUAAAAUGUAGAGGAACGCCAUCUCCGGUUAAAACCAUGAAAUUCGAAGGAAAUCUUGAAAAAUUGAAUGGAAAUUUUGCUGGAACAAUUGGUAUUGGUAUAAGAUUGUCUUGUGUCAAUAAAAAUUGCUAUGAUAAAAUUUGA